AUGCUGAGGAAAGAUACCACUACCAAAUGGACAGAGGAAUGUCAACGAGCUUUUGAUAGGAUCAAGGAAUAUUUAUUUAACCCACCAGUGUUGGUACCUCCGGAACUUGGAAGGCCGUUGUUGUUAUACAUGUCCAUAUCAGAUAAUGCAUUUGGAUGUGUUUUGGGGCAACAUGAUGAAACUGGGAGGAAGGAACAAGUCAUAUACUACUUGAGAAAGAAAUUCAUACCAUAUGAAGCAAGAUAUACUUUGAUGAACCCGCUCAAGUACAUCUUUCAGAAACCUAUGCCUACAGGAAAGCAGGCGAAGUGGCAUAUUUUGCUAAGUGAGUUUGACAUCGUGUAUGUUACUCAGAAGGCCAUCAAAGGACAAGCUUUAUUUGACCACCUUGCAGAAAAUCCUGUGGAUGAAGAAUACAAGCCACUUAGGACAUACUUCCCAGAUGAAGAAGUAUUAUUUGCUGGAGAAGACAUUUUAGAGGCAUAUUCUGGUUGGAGAAUCAAAACUUCGUUUCCGUGCACCAACAACAUGGCAGAAUAUGAGGCUUGUAUACUUGGUCUUAGAAUGGCUGUUGAUAUGAACAUCCAAGAGUUGUUGGUUAUAUGUGAUUCAGACUUGCUGAUUCAUCAAGAGUUGUGUAAGAAGUUUAUCAAAGUGGACUUCAAGCAAGUUCCAAGAGUUCAAAAUGAGUUUGCAGAUGCUUUGGAAACUUUGACUUCCAUGAUUCAACAUCCAGAUAAAAACUACAUAAACCCCAUCAAGAGUCAGACGGAGAACCAUGGUAUUAUGACAUUAAGAGGUAUCUCAAGACAAGGGAUUACCCUGAAAGAAGCAACCAUUACCCAGAAGAGAACGCUUAGGAGAUUGGCAAAUCACUUUUUCCUAAACGGCAAAAUCCUAUAUAGGAGGACCCCAAAUUUAGGACUGUUGAGGUGUGUAGAUGCCAGGGAAGCAACCAAGCUGAUUGAAGAAAUACACGCAGGAACAUGUGGGCCUCACAUGAAUGGGUUUACCUUGGCAAAGAAAAUUCUGCGAGCAGCUUGGGGCAUGGAUGUCAUUCGCCCUAUUGAGCCAGCCGCCUCGAAUGGGCAUAGAUUUAUCUUGGUAGCUAUUGAUUACUUUACAAAGUGGGUAGAAGCCUCUUCUUACAAGCCAGUUACAAAGAAGGUGGUACAGAUUGUCCGCAACAACAUCCAUGAGAAGCUACCAUUUGCUCUCCUUGGAUAUCGCACUACAGUCAGAAUAUCAACUGGGGCAACGCCUUAUCUUAUGGUCUAUGGAACUGAAGCCAUAUUACCAGUGGAAGUUGAAAUAUCAUCUUUGAGGGUCAUCCAGGAAGCCGAGCUGAGUAAUGCAGAAUGGCGCAUAUUCCCGCACCAAAAUGAAGCUAAAGGAAGGUUUGCACCAAAUUGGCAAGAUCCAUACAUGGUGCAUCGAGUAUUGACUGGAGGAGCACUGAUUCUAGCAGAAAUGGAUGGAGAAUUGUGGCCCAAGACCAUCAACACAGAUGCAGCCAAGAGAUACUAUAUUUAG